CAGCAUUGUACAACAGGAAAUACUCACUACUAACCCACGUAGACAUCGUUAAGGCUUUCAGGUUCUAAAACAAGGUGAUCUUCUCACAGUGGUGGUUCUAGCAUCUUCUUCUGGGACAGUCACUUCCAGCGUGGAUCUCCAAUGCUGCAGCAUCACGUGCUGUAGUGCUAAUGUUAUCCAAGAUGCUGAGAACAGGACCGCUGUACUUCUACGAUCAGAUGAAAACAAAUACAGUAAAGCGAACAAAGAAAGCGCCUGAAGAAUUACCGUCUGAUAUGAAGUAUAUGAACAUUAGUCCACGUCUUGCAAAUUUCAUUAAUGGCCUUCACAAAAACAAGAAAGGGGUUUCUGCUCAAGCAGAGAAGAAGCAAGCGAUGUCACCAAAAGAUGACAAACUGUGUAAAGAGAAAUAUGCGGUUCUGCCAGAGAUCAGCAGCUCUAGCUUUGUAAAGAGCGGUGUUGAAAACAAUCACCAGAAAGUCACACAGCUCGUCACAGAUGAUGAACAAUUCAUGAACCCAUUUGAAGACUAUAAGUAUGUCGCUCCAACAUUGCUGUAUGAACUUGGAAAGCUACUGCAACUCUUCUCACAGUUUGAGAUCAUUUUCCCUCAGGGCGUGGUGAAUGUGCUAAACUACAGCUGGCAAGAGCUUAUUGAAGGCGCAGUGUACAGCAAAAAGCACUGCCAGUCACUGGCUGCAAGGAAGAUAGCAGACACAAGUAUAGUUCCUGAGGAAAGUGACUACAAAGCCCCCGGAGCAGGCGUUGGCACUCCUGAGAAUGUAGACACUGCCAAGAAUCAUAAAAAUAAGGUUAAUACCAUAUUGCUUGAGAGCAGCAAAGAUAAAUCUGGGCAAGAACCUGCACAAACUAGGCCAACAGGAAACAAAUCUCCUCAGAGCGUUCCAGUCCAUCUACCAUUUACUAUCAGUUUCUCAAUGUCGUCCAGUGUAUGUGAGGAUAGAGGAUGGAUUUUUCAGACAGACAAUUCUAAAUCUGAAGAUAUGGAAUGGAAAGGAAUAAUUGCCUGGGCACUGGAAAGACUGCAACUUGCGCAAAUACAAAUAAACAAGCAGUUUUCCAUGUUAAGUGAGAAAGGAUUCUGCAAGCCAGUUAUUCUCCGGCACUACGACAGUACUAAAAAAGAUGUAAUAAAGCAAAAGAAGAACAGUAAACCUCCUAUAUUUGAACUAAUGAAUGGAAAACCGCGUAUUCCCGAGAUCAAGCGAGAAUUUGCUUCUCUACGGAAACUCCAUUAUGCCCUCAUUGAUGGCUCUGCAAUGGUUUAAUAUC